AUGUUUGGACUCAAACGACUUUCCGGUGCCUACGUUUCCGCGACACGGCGGAGUGCGACUCGCUGCAUUUCCACAGCCGCCGGGGAACUGAAGUGGCUGGCUGAGAAGGAUGUGAUCGCCGACGUGGGGGGUAAAGUAAACGUCCAGCGCCUGCGUUCCGUCUCACGCGACUUCCGGACCGACACGAUCACGAUCCCGACCGACGCGCAGUUGAUUGCGGGAAUCCGCGCGACGAGGGGUGACGACGUCGAGCUCGAGGACCCCGACACGGUGGCGUUUGAGGCCCGUGUCGCCCGCCUGGCCGGCAAGGAAGCGGGGCUCCUCUGCACCUCAGCCACGGGGACCAACCAGAUCGCCGUGCGGUCCCUCCUCGCGCAACCCCCGCAUUCGGUGGUAGUGGAUGGCCGCGCUCACCAUUUCCUGAACGAGGCGGGGGGCGCAGCUCUGUUCUCACAGGCCACGACCCAUACAGCAUUGCCUGAGAAUGGGCUCUAUUUGACCGCGGAGGAUAUCGAGCCUGUCCUCCAGCUCGGAGAUGACAUUCACAUGGCUCCUACCCGCCUUAUCGUGCUCGAGAACACGAUGGAUGGGGUGGUCGUGCCCAACGAAGUGGCGUGGGGUGUGCGCAAGCUCGCGGACCAGCAUGGGAUAAAGAUGCACCUUGACGGCGCACGCGCGUGGAAUGCCGCGGCGGCCGCUCUGGAGGGUAAGGAGGCGAGCGAGGAGAACAUCACGGAGGCACUCAGCGCGGUGUGUGCCCCGUUCGACACGAUUAGCCUGUGUCUUACGAAAAGCAUCGGUGCCCCAGUUGGCAGCGUGCUGGUAGGGAGCAAGGAGGUGAUACAGCGAGCACGCUGGUUUAGGAAGAUGUUUGGUGGCGCGUGGCGCCAAUCCGGCCCUCUCGUGGCCGCUGCAGACUGGGCUGUGACCCAUCAUUUUCCUCGCCUCGGAUACACGCACGAACUGGCGAAUCGCCUGGCUGCAGGUCUGCAGGAGGCGGGGUGCAGGAUCUUCCUGCCCGUCCAGACGAGCAUGGUGUUCUUCGACCCUGCUGCGGCUGGCGUCCCCCUACAUGAAGUGGAGAAGGCCGCAGCGGAGAGGGGAAUCAGAGUGCGGUCGAACCGGCUGGUUGUUCACCACCAGACGGACCCUGCGGCGGUUGACGAGUUAAUAGAACUCAUUGGGGGGAUGGCGAAGGGGGCUGUAGGCCCAACGACGGAGAAGCUGCGCUUGGGCCACUAA